GUGCUUCAUGUUGCUUUUUUGCCUCGAUUACUUUACGAAACUACAAAGUUUUACGUUGACUUCGUAUGUCCUCUAAGAAGCGACCUUGUGUCCUCUGCAAUGAGAAUCACGCGGUCCUGAAGCGUCCGCGAAAUGGCGAAAUGCUUUGCCAGGGGUGCUUUUUUCGCCGAAUUGAAGAUGAGAUUCACGAUACCAUUCAACGCGAAAAGCUAUUUGAGCGCGGGGACAUUGUAGCUAGUGGUGCCAGCGGUGGAAAGGAUAGUACCUUAUUAAUGCAUAUUUUAUCCAAGCUCAACAAGCGCUAUGACUAUGGGAUUCAUCUAGAGUUGAUUAGUGUUGAUGAAGGGAUCAAAGGCUACCGUGAUCAUAGUUUAGAGACGGUUAAGCGCAACUCCGCUUUUUAUGGACUGCCGCUCCAUAUACUGUCCUAUCAAGAUCUAUACGGUUGGACGAUGGACGAAAUCGUUGCCGUCGUUGGCCUCAAAAAUAGUUGUACGUUCUGCGGUGUGAUGCGGCGCCAAGCUCUAGAGCGCGGUGCUGUACUUAUAAACGCAAACAAAAUAGUCACCGGGCAUAACGCGGAUGAUACAGCAGAGACAGUGCUUAUGAAUCUACUGCGCGGGGAUGCCCCACGCUUGGCACGCUGCACGCAGGCUUUUUCCAAGGGUGAGGGACUUCUUUCUCGGGUUAAGCCACUUAAAUACACAUACGAAAAGGAUAUCGUACUCUACGCACAUUUCAACAAACUAGACUACUUCACAACCGAGUGUAGCUACGCCAAGGAGGCGUUUAGAGGUACCGUACGGACUCUGAUUAAGGAGUUGGAGGUUAUCCAGCCUCGAUGCAUUGCAGACAUAGUUCACAGUGGUGAGCGAAUAAUUGUGAACUCGAAAGAUGCUAUUCCAACCAACGCACAAGGAUCGUGCGCACGAUGUGGCUAUGUUACCAGUCAACAACUAUGUCGAGCAUGUGUGCUUUUAAAUUCGCUAAAUAAUGGAAAUCCACAGUCAGGGUUGUAUACAACAUCGUAGUGUGGUCUGUUCUGUACAAUUAAAGGCGUUUAAUUAUGGGUUUGAUUUUCAUUAUUGUUAUUAUUUUAUGCA